UUUCGCUAUCAGUCUGCUUUUCUUGUUUCUUUUUUAUGUGUUUUUUUUGUUUUUUGUUUUUUCUAGUAAAUGAAAAUUGUUUGGCACAGAGCAGCUCAAAUGGUCGUUGGGUCGAGAUAACCUGUUUCAGCAAGAUGAAACGAUGGGGAAUGCAAACUUUAUUUCGGUUGCUUCUUUGUGCCAGUAUUUUGCCAACCUGUUGGUGUGCUCAUGGCAAAUAUGCUCAGAAGCUCCUGAAGGAUUUAUUCACCAACUAUACUAGUGCGCUGAGGCCCGUGGAGGACACAAACAUCAUACUGAAUGUGACCCUGCAGGUUACACUGUCACAAAUUAUCGACAUGGAUGAAAGAAACCAAAUUUUGACUGCUUAUUUAUGGAUACGGCAAGUGUGGGUUGAUGCACACCUCAGAUGGAAUAAAGAUGAUUACGAUGGACUUGAUACCAUCCGCAUACCUAGUAGUUAUGUAUGGAGACCUGAUAUAGUCCUAUAUAACAAUGCUGAUGAUCAUUUCACUGGCCCUAUGGACACCAAUGUGGUGAUCCGACAUGACGGCCAGAUAAUUUGGGAUUCCCCAGCUAUCACCAAGAGCUCUUGCAAAGUGGACGUGUCCUUCUUUCCUUUUGAUGCUCAGCAAUGCAGGUUCACCUACGGCUCCUGGACCUACAACGGAAACCAGCUGGAUAUCCAGAACGCCAUGGAUAGUGCUGACCUGGCUGACCUGGUGGAAAAUGUUGAAUGGGAGGUGCUGGGUAUGCCAGCUAAGAGGAACAUUAUUCUGUAUGGCUGCUGUGCUGACCCUUACCCUGAUGUGACCUACACACUGAAACUGAAGAGAAGGGCUUCCUUCUAUGUCUUCAACUUGCUAAUACCAUGUGUGAUGAUCUCAUUCCUGGCUCCAUUGGGCUUCUACCUGCCUGCUGACUCUGGAGAGAAGGUGUCUUUGGGUGUUACCGUAAUGCUGGCGCUCACUGUCUUUCAGCUGUUGGUUGCAGAGAUCAUGCCACCCUCUGAGAAUGUACCACUUAUUGGAAAAUAUUACAUUGCAACCAUGACCAUGAUCACAGCCUCCACUGCCCUGACCAUCUUCAUCAUGAACAUACACCACUGCGGCCCAGAUGCCAAGCCUGUUCCCAAGUGGGCCAAGAAGGUCAUUCUGCAGUACAUGGCCAGAAUGUGCUUUGUUUAUGAAGUUGGGGAGAACUGCUUGUCACCACAGCCUGAGAAACAGGAACCUCCACUCGUGAAGAACACCAACUGUACCAUGAAUGGCCAGGCAGGACCAGGCAGAGAGGACUGUGUCUUCAAAAUGGAGAGAGGACAGGAGACAGUGGGCUCCAUGGCUGCAGAAGAGAGAGAGGACAUGGACCAGAUGAUGAGUCCAAUGGGCUCAAUUGGGAAGAACCCUACCAACCACUACAGCAGUUGGAAGAAUGGCAUUUUCAUGAGCAUGGACUGUGUAGAUUCAGGGGGUCCGAGGAGAUGCAGGAAGGGAGGUGUGAGUGAUGGAGAGAGAAAAGACAGAGAGGUUUCCUGCAACACUCAAAGCAAUGAGAGUCCGCUGCUGCGUAACAUUGAGUACAUAGCCAACUGUUACAGAGAUCAGAGGGCCACACAGAAGAGGACUGGGGAGUGGAAGAAGGUAGCCAAAGUUUUAGACCGCUUCUUCAUGUGGAUAUUUUUCAUAAUGGUGUUUUUAAUGAGCCUUCUGAUCAUGGGCAAAGCCAUCUAAAUGCAGGACUGUUUGAAGGAGUCUAAAUGAGCUGGUGUAGAUACAGUAGCAUAAAGGAGAUCAGAGGUUAGUUUAUGUACUGAAAUGUAUCCAUUUAUUAAAAAUAACCUUCUGACUGCACUUUUUCCAAAUGUCUCAGGUUUUAAGAGUACAUAUACUAUUUUUUAAAUUGCUUUGUUACAAUUCUGCAUGGAUGUUCUUCUUAUUAGAGGAAAAACAGAGAAAGCAAAACCAGAAAUUGUAUGGUAUGGUAAAGAGAAAAUCUCCAAUCUGGAGGACACAACCCACCCCCCAGUUUUCCCCCAAUUGUUGCUAUCUAGUAUCCCUAACUUUCUCUCCAAUGCUAUGUGAAAGUUAUUAAGCUCAGCAAAGA